AUGCAUUCCUCAACGUUCUUGUCCACCUUGGCUGUCAGCGCCGCCGGCGCCGCCUCACUAUCAUCAACACCGAACGGCGCCUGCCCCAAGUCCGGAGGCUGGCUACCAAGCUGGUGUCAAUUUGGAUCCUCCCAGGCGCCUGCUCCCUCUCCCAAGGUCGUCCAGUCGAAAGUACAAUACAGACCGCAAACGGCCCGCCCAAAGUGCCCCAGUUGGCACAUCAGAGGGUUAGGGGGCCCAGUGGAUAAUGGCAACAACCACUGCUGCAUCCCGGGAAAAGCCGAGAACGCCAUCAACUGCUGCCACCGCCCCUGGAUCGAUAAGCUUCGUGGCACCCCCGAGCUGUCGUGCAGCUCAUCCAUGUGGGAGACGCCGAAGACGUACAGGGACUUUUACGAAUGCAACACCAAACCUGGCAACGCCCAAAUGUGCAGAGAAAACAGGAUCAUCGUUUUCAACAAGGCGGCUCGGAAGCAGAAGCCACAGAAACCCAGUUUUCUGAGACCGUCUCGCCAAGAGAAACAGUCCUCUCUUCCUCCAAAGGUUCCCAAACCGGCCGCUCUGCCCCCAAGAAUUCCCAGGCCGUCCUCCCGGGUUAUCCAAAGCAAUGUCAAAAGGCACGAAGAAUCAGGCAGGAACUCCAAGUCCCCGGGCCCGUCCUCUCCCGCUAGAUAUCAGAACGGCAAUGCCCCUGCCGAAGAGGCUUACAGCAUCCAAAAGCGAGGGAACCCAAAGGAGACGGAUUCCGCGAACCCGCUGCUCGACAUGUUCUCACAGCCUACAGAAGAAGACUCUUUUGUAAUAAAGGGUCCCGCGAAUUUCUACCGCCGGCUAGCGAAAGAUCACAGGAAAAAACAAAAACCAAAUCUCGACUACAAGCCUCCGGGAAAAUCCCCACUGGGCAAGUAUCCUUAUGGCAACCCUGAGCCUGACGAUCUUAUUUCCGGAAACCGAGAGCAGGGUCGCAGGAGAGUCACUGGCUCCGCAAACCCGUUGCUCGACGACAUGUGA